AAAAAAAAAAUAAUAAUAAGAGAAAGUUGCAAACGCCUAGAGCCAGGUGUUGAAUUUUUUUUAAAAAAAUUUAAUGAUCGUGUCAUUAAAUCGAAUUAUUAAAUUAAAUAAACUGUCAAAUAUUUUUAUUAAAAAUAAUAAAAUAAAAUUGUACUCGAGUAAAAAUAAUUAUUUUAAUAAUAAUAAAAUGUUCAAGUACCCAGAAGCUAGAAGGGAUAACACCAAGGAUGUUUACCAUGGAGUUGAGAUUCAGGACCCGUACAGAUGGCUGGAGGACCCGGAGGCUGAUGAAGUAAAAGCGUUUGUUGAUAAACAAAAUGCACUGUCACGGCCAUUUUUGUCGACAUGUGAUUCGGUUGACCCGGAGGUUAUUCUUGAGAGGUUGAAACAACUGUGGGAUUUCCCAAAGUACUCGUGCCCGAGAAAACAUGGGGACAAAUAUUUUUUUUAUAAAAAUACUGGUCUGCAAAAUCAAAGUGUUAUUUACUCACAAAAUUCACCAACCGAUUCAGAAGAAGAAGCAAAAGUGUUCUUCGAUCCCAACACACUUUCGGAUGAUGGAUCAGUUGCAAUAUCCAACACCGAGUUCAGCAAAGACGGAUCAAUUUUUGCUUACGGACUUUCAAAAAGUGGAUCCGAUUGGAGCGAAAUUCAUUUCAAGAAUGUCAACACUGGAGAAAAUUAUCCGGAAGUAUUAGAAAAAAUUAAGUAUUCAACAAUCGCAUGGACUCACGACAACAAGGGAAUUUUUUAUGGAACUUAUCUAGAGCAACAGGGAAUCGUUGACGGUUCAGAGACACUCAAGGCACGUGACCAGAAGCUCUGCUACCACAAAAUUGCCACAAAACAAUCUGAAGACGUAAUUGCUGUUGAAUUUCCUGAGGAACCUCUGUGGAGAAUAUCCAGUCAAGUAUCAGAUUGUGGGGAAUAUUUAAUUGUUUCACCUCGCAAGGACUGCAGAGAUAAUUUAGUCUACUUUACUAAGCUUCCAAAGGACAAUAAAAUUGAUAAUUACAAAAAUCUUAACUUGAUCAAAGUUGUAGAUAAAUUUGAAGCUGAUUACGAUUAUGUUACAAAUGAUGGAGCUCAAAUGAUAUUUUCAACUAAUAGAAACGCUCCAAAUUACCGUCUAGUUCGCAUAAAUUUCGAAGAUUACGCAGAAGAAAAAUGGACGGAUUUAAUCCCCGAGGAUCCAAAAAGAGUAUUGGAUUGGGCGCUGGCAGUUCAUGGUGACAAAUUAGUUGUCUGCUAUAUUCAGGAUGUGAAACAUAUUCUGGAGCUGCAUUGUCUUAAAACUGGCAAACUCUUAAAGACAUUCCCACUUGACUUGGGAACAAUUGUCGGAAUUAGCGGCGAGCGAGAGUACUCAGAGAUAUUUUAUCAGUUCACAUCCAUCCUGACACCAGGAAAAAUUUUCAUGGUUGAUUUGGCCAAAGAGGAAGAACCUAAGAUGUUGAGAGAAAUAAAAGUUAAUGGUUUUGACUCAACUGCCUAUAAAAUGUCACAAAUUUUUUACUCGAGCAAAGACGGGACCAAAAUCCCCAUGUUUAUUGUCACCCGCACGGAUGCUGUUCUUGAUGGAUCUCUGCCUGCUCUGCUCUACGGAUACGGAGGUUUCAAUGUCAGCAUCUAUCCGACUUUCAGUGUCAUGCGUCUCGCAUUCGUUCAACAUCUUCGUGGAGUUUUCGCAAUUGCAAAUAUCCGCGGCGGAGGAGAAUACGGGGAAAAAUGGCACAACAGCGGUCGGUUGGACAACAAGCAGAAUGUCUUCGACGAUUUCCAAAGUGCCGCCGAGUACCUUAUCGCCAAUAAAUACACCGAAGCUAAAAAAUUAACAAUCCACGGCGGAAGUAACGGCGGCCUCUUAGUCGCCGCGUGCAUAAAUCAACGUCCGGAAUUGUACGGCGCGGCGAUUGCUGACGUCGGGGUAAUGGAUAUGCUGCGUUUCCACAAAUUUACAAUCGGAUAUGCGUGGAUUUCUGACUACGGCAGCUCCGAUGACGACAAACAAUUUAAAACUCUCCUUAAAUAUUCUCCAUUGCACAACGUAAAAGUACCAGCUAAUGAUGUACAGUACCCAGCAACUCUACUGCUUACUGCUGAUCACGACGAUCGGGUCGUUCCACUUCACACUCUUAAACUAAUUGCGACACUCCAACACGUGCUGGGAAAAUUACCGCAGCAAACAAACCCGAUUUUAGCGCGGAUUGAUACUAAAGCUGGCCAUGGACGGGGUAAACCGACUACUAAAGUCAUCGAAGAGACCAGGGACAUAUUGGUAUUUAUUAUUAAAACUCUUAAUCUUAAGUUCUACAAUUAAUUUAAGAAAAAAUUUGUAUCAGCAUUUAUUAAUAAACAAAUUUUUUCGAUUA